GAGAGAGACAGAGAGAGAGAGACAGAGAGAGAGAGAGAGAAAGAGAGAGAGAAAGAGAGAGAGAGAGAGAGAAACUUUCUCACUUUAAGAUUUUAUCUAUAAUUUUUAUGUUAUCGUAGUUUACUGGAGUGCGUCAGUGUGUGUGUGAGUUAGUGUGAGUUAGUGUGUGUGUGUGAGUUAGUGUGUGUGUGAGUUAGUGUGAGUGUGAGUUAGUGUGUGUGUGUGAGUUAGUGUGUGUGUGUGUGUGUGUGUGUGUGUGUGUGUGAGUUAGUGUGUGUGUGUGUGUGUGUGUGUGUGUGUGUGUGUGUGUGUGUGUGUGAAUUUCCAUACUUUUCCCUUUCCUGAGAACUGCAACAGGAGGAAAUGUCGUGUGGAUUUGCGCUCGAGCCUCUCCGGUAAACCGGAUUCCGCGCGCUGCAACAGGAACAUUCAGGAUAUUGAAUAUUGAACCGACAGAAACACACACUGUUUUAUUCAUUUCUUGUCCGCUAAUCUGGAUCUACUGCCGUUAUGACGGAAAUUUAAAUGACUUUGGUCCGACCGGCGGCGCGCGCAGGAAUUGUGUGUGUAGCUGUUGUACUUAAUUAGUGAGGAGUCUACCGGAGAGAUGGAGCGCGUGCACUCGGUGUGGACGGUGUUUUUGUGUCUGGCCUUCAUCAGACUGAGCAGCUGGAGUUCAGCAGAAGAAGAAGUUGUGAUGAAUACAAAGUUAGAGACAUCUGAUCUCAGAUGGACCAUCUAUCCUGUUACUGAACCUGAGUGGGAGGAAAUGAGUGGUCUGGACGAUGAAGGGAACAGUGUGAGGACGUUUCAGAUCUGUCCAUCAGACGGAGGCUUGACGUCUCAUUGGCUGAGGACACGUCUGAUCCCAGUGGGCGGGGCCUCUCAGCUCUAUGUGGAGAUUCGUUUUACUAUUGUUGAGUGUGGCUCAAUGCGCACUCGCUCACACACACAAUCCUGCAAGGAGACUUUCAAUGUCUACUACUACCAGAGUGAUGAUGACUCUGGCACGCUCACACACCCCACCUGGAAGGAGAACCCAUACACCAAGGUGGACACGGUGGCAGCUGACUUCCUGUUGCGUCGUGGGGGUGAGAGGAAGUCGAAUGUGAAGACACUGCGUGUUGGUCCGGUCACUAAACCUGGGGUUUAUUUAGCGUUUCAGGCUCAGGGCGUGUGCAUGGCACUACUAGCUGUGCGUGUUUACUUUAAAAAAUGCCCCUCUCAUGUUCGCAAUUUCUCUGCCUUCCCUGAGACUCUUCCUCAUUCGCUGGUACAGCAGGCUGAGGGCAAGUGUGUGGAGAACUCUGCCCCCUCUGGUUCUGAUGCUCGUCCACCGACCAUGCUGUGUGGAGAGGACGGGCAGUGGGUGGAGCCUGCUUCAACUUCCUGUGCAUGUAAAGCAGGAUACGAACCUGUGGACACAGACCGCUGCCGAGCGUGUGGGCCGGGUCAGUACAAGGCAUCGAUUGGAGCGAGUGUGUGUCGUGUGUGUCCAAUGAACAGUAACACACACUCUCCUGGAGCUGCUGUGUGCUCCUGUCACCCUGGUUACUACAGAGCACCAACUGACACGGCUGACAUGGCCUGUACGAAGCCCCCCUCUGCAGCUCGGAACAUUGUCCCCCAGGUGAAUGAUACGAUAGUGGUGUUGGAGUGGAGUGAGCCUGUGGAGCGUGGUGGACGCUCAGACCUGUCGUACACUGUAGAGUGUGUGCGCUGCAGUGCGAGUGUGAGUGUGUGUGUGCCAUGUGCAGAGAGUGUGCUGUAUCGGCCCACACAGACAGGACUGACGGGGAGGAGAGUAGUGGUCCAUGGCCUGCAACCACACACACACUACACCUUCACCAUCAUCGCAAUCAAUGGAGUAACAUCUGUCAGCAGCACUCACACUGCAUCAUCUAGCAUCAACAUCACCACGAGCAGCUACAUCCUCGUCCCAGUCUCAGGAAUCAGGAAAACAAAAGCAUCUGAGACAAGUCUGACUCUGACUUGGAACAUCCCAGAACACACACUUCACACCAUCACUGAGUUCCAGCUUCGCUACUGUUUACAGGGUGAGGAGGAGGUAUGGCAGUAUGUCAGCAGUAAGCAGAACUCUAUGAUUCUGUCAAAUUUGGCUCGUUCGUCUCAGUACAGAGUUCAGGUCCGAGCCAGAACCAGCACCGGAUACGGACAGUUCAGCAGCCCGACUACUUUCAGAACACUGCCUGAUGAUGUAGAGUCUCACACUCGCAUGAUAGUGACUGGAGUGCUGGUUGCUAUGGGACUCCUCAUCCUCAUCGCUCUAGUAACUGUUGCUGUAUUUUGUUUCCGAAAGCACAGCAGACCGAGGGACUCAGAGGCAGAUAAAAAUGGACACUAUCUCAUGACUCCAGGCAUGAAGGUUUAUAUCGAUCCGUUUACAUAUGAGGACCCGAAUGAAGCAGUGCGAGAGUUUGCUAAAGAGAUUGACGUUUCCUUUGUGAAGAUUGAGGAGGUGAUUGGAGCAGGGGAGUUUGGUGAGGUGUGUCGAGGCCGUCUGCGUAUUCCUGGUAAGAAGGAGAACUACGUGGCCAUCAAAACCCUAAAGGGCGGCUAUACAGACAAACAGCGCCGGGACUUCCUCUCUGAGGCGUCAAUCAUGGGCCAGUUCCACCAUCCCAACAUAAUCCACCUGGAGGGAGUGAUUACCACUUCCUGUCCCUCCAUGAUCAUCACUGAGUACAUGGAGAAUGGAGCACUCGACUCAUUCCUCAGGAUGAACGAUGCUCAGUUCACCCCCCUGCAGUGUGUUGGUAUGCUCCGUGGUAUAGCCAGUGGGAUGAAGUACCUGAGUGAGAUGGGCUUCGUCCACCGAGACCUCGCCGCUCGGAACAUCCUCGUUAACAGCAACCUGGUGUGUAAAGUGUCUGAUUUCGGUCUGUCCAGGUUCCUCACGGAAAGUUCCUCAGAUCCGACAUACACCAGCUCUCUGGGUGGAAAGAUUCCGAUUCGCUGGACGGCUCCUGAGGCCAUCGCCUUCCGUAAAUUCACCUCUGCCUCCGAUGUCUGGAGUUAUGGCAUCGUCAUGUGGGAAGUGAUGUCAUUUGGAGAGCGGCCAUAUUGGGACAUGAGUAACCAGGAUGUGAUCAAUGCUAUAGAACAAGAUUACCGUUUGCCCCGCCCCCCUAAUUGCCCCACCCCCCUGCAUCAGCUGAUGUUGGAUUGUUGGCAGAGAGAUCGUGCAUCUCGCCCCCGAUUCUGUGACCUCGUAAACUCUCUGGACAAGCUUAUCCGAAACCCCACCUCCCUCAAACACACCUCUCAUUCACAAGAAGGGUUGUUGCUGGACCAGCGUCCCUCUCUGUCUCAGUGUGUGUCUGUCAGCGAGUGGCUGAAGGGCAUCAAAAUGGAACGAUAUGAGGAGAACUUCAUUCAGGCCGGGUUCACCACGUUAGAGCUCAUCUCUCAGAUCAGUACUGAGGACCUGUUGCGGAUCGGUGUCACCCUGGCUGGUCAUCAGAAGAAGAUUCUCUCCAGCAUCCAGACCUUGAGAGUCCAAACCAAAAACUCACUGAGAUACUGAACACAAACUCAAUGGAAAAGUUUCCUUCCCAUGAUCCUUUGCACUUUGAGACCACUACACAUGGCAGCCAAUCACAAUGUCUUCACAAGGAGUGAUAUCAUCAAUCGCAUCUCACCAUGUUUGUCUCUCCAUCUGUCUUUCCACUGUGUAUGACAGCACACACUGUCCAUUUCAGCAUCCAUUCAGAGCUCCACCUUUGUUCCAAAGUGAAGUACGAUGUUACCAUCAUGGACCUCAAGCCCAGUGCACACGACAGCCAAUCAGAAUACAGUGCGGAUGACAUCACACUUAAACAACACUUUAAGGAACUAUGAAGUGUUUUUAUGAAAUCCUGUGGUGUUUAAAUCUGACUGGAUGAUCCUCCACUUGGGAAUCACCUGAUCUCUUCUCAUCAUUCCUCGCACUUCCUGUUUAAGGGGACACUCAGACAAAGUGUCUCCAUUAAGGAUGACAUGACAAUGUUAGACUGUGGCGGUCUUUAUGACAUCACAGUGCCUAGCAGACCCAUCACUGUGUACUCUAAUAUGGUGCCUGAAUGUUAGCAUGAUUGGCUAAUUCUGUGCCUGAGUUUUGCAAAGUUACAUUUGAUAAAAGAUUUAGUUUUACAAUUGAUGUUGUGGUUGCCUUGACAGCAGUUGCCAUAGUAAUUUUGUCGCUAUGGACACCACCAUGACGUCACAGCUCUUUUCCUGUUCCCUGAUGGUUUGGACCAAUCAGGAUACAGGCAGGAGGACACUUUGCAUUGUGGGAGAUUAAAACAGGAAUCUUCAUAUUGAAGGACCGUUAUAUUUGACUGAGCAGAUGAUUAUUUUGUAUUAAUUUUUUUGUAUGAAAUAAAUGAU